UUUGAAAUGGGAGGUAAAGGGGGGGUGUUUGCACGGACGGGUUUAUCCAUUGCGUGUUGUGUAUCCAGAGUUAUCUUGACGUUCGUGCGAAUUUGUAUCUUCUGUCCACAACUCGCCGACGACAACUCCGCGACGUCGAACCUUCCCGUUUUCUUAAGUGGAUUUUCCUCAAGAAUUUCAAAAAUCAAUCUCCCAAUGUACGCCCUCGCAGGGUUCCCUCUCCUCCUCUUGGGAUUCGUCCUCCCUGUAACCUCUGUAGCAACCAAUCAGGU